AUGUCUGGCGUCCAGCUACAGAUCCCCGGUGACGCACCAGCUUUUGCUGGUCAGGUAGUCGAGAUAUUCAACUCCGUACUGGGAUCGUCUUCACAAAAGCUGUCAUCAGAGGAUGCAGCCAGAGAAAUCGACGAGUUGUUCAGUCAACAGUACCAAAAAGACGGCACGGCAGGUUCAUUCCUCUGGUGGUUCUGGGACUUGGUACACGAUCUUGCGAUGCAGAUCCCCUACAACAGCCAGGAGCAAGAACAACUCACAGCUGUCAUCAAAUCUCUACAUGACCUUCCCCCAAAGACAGUAAGCUUGGGUCAAGAAUGGGGCUCUGACGGCGCCGAUUCUGUUCCUGUCUGGACGGGCCUGCCUAUGUUUGGCAACACCUUCCGCGAAAAGCUCGAUACUGAACAGGAUAAGCAAAAAGCCGUCAAUCUCCAGGCCUAUGCUGCAAGAGUAGAAGGACUCGGCCUUGUGCCGUUUGAGAUGUACGCGAUCUGGGCUUUCGUCGAUGCCUUGGAGGGCACGAUGAAGCCCAUUCGAGGUGGCCCGGAUGAGAUCGACUCAGACCCUUCUGCCGUACCGGACAUCUCCUUCAAAGUCGCGAUUGCUGCGAACUGGAUGAAGUACGCUGGCCACCGCCUGUACGGACGGGACGAAGAGGUGCAUGGAGCUACGGCCGGCCCGCUUUGGAAGCUGGACAAGAAGGAGGCGGCGAAGCUGCGUCGAAAGCUUCGCGGAACCGAUGGACUCUGCCCGGAAAGAUGGGCUCUAUGGAAGGAGAGGUUCGCGGCCAUUCGGGAUGCCCAAGGUGUUGAUGAUGCCGCCCGCGACAAUGCAAAAGCUGCAUUUGAUGUGAUGGAGGAGAUUGAACAGGGUGGCAAGUGA